GCUGUCAAGCCGGUGAUGGGCGAGUUGUACGAGCGUCUCAGGCAGAGAGUUGACAAGGUGUCAGCGCUCGGCGACUUCCAGCGGCCACUCCGUGUGCUCAGGCGGCUGGUCGGAAUCCCUACCUGCGCCAAGGCUCUAGUGCAACACCCCAAGUGGAUUCCAAAGAAUCAAACUAUGCUCAUUGGGGAAGGAAGAGCCAUGGAGCUCUCCAGCUUGCUCGGAGCCUUCUUCCACGUGAGCGCGAUCCCCGACCAUGAGUUCGCAAGCAAGCCCGAUGUCGGCCAACAGUGCUUCUCCUCACUCCGGCCAGCUGACUUAAUGUCAUCUUUCUCUACUAUCAAGAGUGUUAUGAAUUGCUUGCAGGACGGACUAACGGAUGUUCUUUUGGUGCUGCUUAAAAAUCUGGAGACUCGAGACAAGGUCCUUGAGUACCUAGCAGAGGUGAUCAACAAAAAUGUGGGAAGAUCCGGCAUGCAGGUGGACCCUUUGAAAUGCGCUAGCUCGGGUAUGUUUGUCAAUCUUAGCGCUGUGAUGCUCCGUCUAUGCGAGCCUUUCUUGGAUCAAAUGGAGUCUAAGAAGGACAAGAUCGAUGUCAAGUAUCUGUUCUGCAACGACAGAAUCAAUUUCAAAGAUUUGACCGCGAUCAGUGCCUCUUCAGAACAAGUGUCUUCAUGGACAGAGAGCUGGAGCCAUGCACAUGCUCAAGAUGAUCCCUGUGAUGGAGUGGCUUGCUCAGGCAAAAUUAGUAGUUCAGAGAGAGGCUCGAAAAAACAGAAUUUCUCGUUUAUUUGUGAAUGUUUCUUCAUGACAGCAAGGGUGCUCAAUAUGGGGUUGAUGAAAGCUCUAGCAGACUUCAAACACCUCUCUCAGGAUCUCGCAACAUAUGAAGAUGAUUUGGAAUCAAACAAAACAUUGAGAGAACAAUCCGUAAGUUCACCACAACUUGAGCAAGAUAUAGAACGCUUGGAGAAGAUGGUCGCGGCUUUAUCACAAGAGAAUUACUGCUAUGAAGCUCAGAUACUAACAGACGGUGAUUUUCUUCAGCGUGCACUAUCUUUCCACAGAUUAAUGAUAUUGUGGUCAGCAGAUCUUGUUGGCGGAUUUAAGAUGCCUUUGCCAUCACAAUGCCCCAAGGAGUUUUCUUGCAUUCCGGAGCAUUUUCUUGAUGAUGCCAUGGAUUUACUUGCCCUAACCUCUGGAGUUGAUAAAGCUUUGGAAGGCUUCCCAUUGGAUGACUUCCUCAAUUUCAACAUCAUGUUCAUGGCCAGUUCUUCUUACAUUAAAAAUCCUUAUCUGAAAGCAAAGAUGGUUGAAGUUUUGAAUUGCUGGAUGCCACAAAGAAGCGGGUUGACAUCCACAGCCUCGUUAUUUGAGGGGCACCAACUAUGCCUUGAUUAUCUAGUAAUAAACCUUCUAAAGCUUUAUGUGGACAUUGAGUUUACUGGCUCUCAUACACAGUUCUUUGACAAAUUUAAUAUUCGACACAAUAUUGCUGAGCUUCUGGAAUAUUUAUGGGAUGUUCCUAGUCAUCGACAUGCUUGGAGACAAAUAGCUAAACAAGAGGAGAAGGGCGUGUACUUGAAUUUUCUGAACUUCCUUAUCAACGAUAGCAUCUAUCUUCUCGAUGAGAGCUUGAACAGAAUUCUUGAACUCAAGGACAUAGAGACUGAAAUGGCUAACAUUGUUGCGUGGAAUAGCAGACCCGCUAAAGAAAGGGAGGAGCGUUUGCGUGUAUUUCAUCAGUCAGAGAAUGUUGUUCGUUUUGAUAUGAAGCUGGCAAAUGAGGGUGUUGGGAUGCUUGCCUUCACGUCAGAACAAAUUCCAGCGCCGUUGCUUCUUCCUGAAAUGGUGGAAAGGGUGGCAAGCAUGUUAAAUUACUUCCUCUUGCAACUUGCUGGUCCACAAAGGAAAUCGUUGACCGUAAAAGAUCCCAAGAAGUAUGAGUUCAAGCCGAAGCAGUUGUUGACAAAGAUUGCUACCAUCUAUGUUCACAUCGCAAGGGGUGAUAAGGAAGAUAUCUUUCCUGCUGCAAUCUCGAAAGAUGGACGAUCAUACAAUGAGGAGCUGUUUGCUAGUGCAGGUAAUAUUUUGUGGAAGAUCGGGGUAGAUCCACAGAUCAUACAGGAGUUUACGCAACUCGCCGGUAAGGCAAAAACUGCUGCCUCUGAGGCCAUGGAUGCUGAAGCAAUCCUUGGGGACAUACCAGAUGAAUUUCUGGAUCCAAUUCAGUAUACUCUCAUGGAAGAUCCUGUGAUAUUACCAUCGUCGAGGGUCACAAUCGAUCGUCCAGUUAUUGUCCGGCAUUUGCUAAGUGAUAGUACCGAUCCGUUCAACCGUUCCCAUCUCACACAAGACAUGCUUUUACCAGACACAGAUCUCAAGUUACGCAUCCAAGAGUUUGUCAGGUGUCAGCAGUUCAGGGCACGAUCGGCUGCCGACUCCGAGAUGGGGGAACCUGAUGGUGCUGCUGAUAUGGUCGAAUGAACUGCG